AUGGUGGAACCAAUCAUCUACUAUGGCCGUGUAGGGCUCGAAGUAGUCCGUCAAGUAGCCACUCACCAGAAAUUGACAAACUUCAACCUGGCUGAAGCCCAACAAGGCUACGCCAGCUUCAUCUCGGCAUUCCAAAACGGAUCUUGGAGGAACGUCACCAUCAAACAGGCUGCUGGUGUCGCCGCAAAGGGUGUUGAAGUCGUGGGCUUCUUUGUUGUUGGUGAAAUGAUUGGACGUCAACAUGUUGUUGGUUACGAUAUCCCCGGCGCUCACCGAUAUGAACACGAAACAUAA